AUAUUUGUGAUGAGUAGAAAUUUAAGAAAAUGGGCAGUACUGGAAAAUUGAAAAUACAGAAACCCUAGUCCUACUUUUAUCAGCUCUCUUCUCGUCGUCUAUGCCGCUAUCGACUCUCAGCUCAUUCCGUGCUGAGUUCAUUCUCUGUUCGUUCUCAGUGCUUACUUGAAUUUGUAAGAUGAGUAAGAAGAAAGUGCUGGUGUUCUUGGAUAUAUGUAUUGAUGGUGAUCCCUUUGAAAGGAUGGUUUUUGAGCUUUUCACUGAUGUUGCUCCAAAGACUGCAGAAAAUUUCCGUGCACUUUGUACAGGGGAAAAAGGAACCAGCCCCAAGACUGGAGCACCGUUGCACUACAAAGGAACCUUUUUCCACCAUAUUUUAAAGGGAUCCAUGGCUCAAGCUGGAGACUUGCUCAGGGAAGAUGGGAACUUUGGAGAAAGUAUAUAUGGUGGGAAGUUCCCAGAUGAGUCACCAAAGCUGAAACAUGAUAGCCCUGGUCUUCUAUCUAUGGCGAUUGCUGAUCGUGAUAUACGUGGCUCUCUAUUCAUGAUCACUUUUAAUGCUCUUCAUCAUCUUGACAGGAAAUCAGUUGUAUUUGGCAAGCUUGUUCAUGGCCAUGAAGUCCUUAAGAAGAUUGAAAAUGUUGGAAAUGAAGUGGGGAAGCCAGAUGUUACUGUCAAGAUAGUAAACUCUGGUGAAUUACAUGAAGGUCGACGUAAAGGAAAACACAAAAAAUCUUCCAAGGAGAGAAGGAGAAAAAGGAGACGCUAUUAUACUUCAGACUCGGAUAGUUCUACGGAUUCCGAAACAGAGUCUUCUGAGUCUGAUAGUGAUUCUGACUCAUACAUAUCUUCAUCAACUGACACCAGUUCAUCCAGGGAUGACAGACGUAGGAAGAGGAAGAGAUCUAAGAGGGAGAAGUAUAGACGUGAAAAAAGAAGGGAUAGGCGACGUGAAAGAAGGCGUAAGAAGCGUGAUAAGAAGCUAAAGCGCAGACCAAGAAGUUCCUCAGAUAGUCUUUCUGAAGGUGAUAGCGGAAGCAGUUCUGAAGAAGGCGAUGCUAAAACUCACGAACCAGAUGGAAAGCAAACAAACCUGGGGAAGAUACCUGAUGGAAAUCAAUCUCAUCAUGUUGAAGAAAGGGAAGCUGUACCUGUACACCAGACGAAAGGAGAGGCUAUGGGAUCCCGUGAAAGGGAAGAGGAUGAAUUCCCAAAAGAAAAUGGUGGGCAUAAAAACAAUGAUUUAAUGCAGAAUAAAUCUGAUAAGAGUCCAGAUAGACAACCUGAUGUGGUAGACAAUAGCCGAAGCAAAUCUAGGAGUAGAAGCCUGAGUCCUAAAAGGACGUUGAAUAAGAGCAUGAGCAUUAGUCCAAGGAGUUUUAGCAGGAACCAAAGUGACAGCCCAAGACGCAGUGUAAGCAGGAGUGCAAGUGUCAAUGCAAGCCCACGUCGUGUCUCAGAUCGCAGUAGCAGCCCAGUGAAACGUGGAAACAGGAGUCCAACUAGAAGUGUCAGUGGAAGCCCUGCAACAGGCAAAAGAGGCAGAAGUGUUAGUGAGAGCCCUUCUCCCGUAACCAAUUUCCAUAAGGGCAGAAACCGAAGUCCUUCACCAAGAAGGCUUAAUGGCAGCCCACCAAGAACCUCAUCUAAGAAAUCUUGGAAGUCAGCAAGUAGAAGUCCAGUUAGAUCUUCUAGGAUCCCAAGCAGAAGCCCUGUUAGGAGUUCUCGAAGGAGCCUGAGCAAAAGUCCUGUUAGAUCUUCUCGAAGGAGCAUGAGCAGAAGUCCUGUUAGAUCUUCUCGAAGGAGUGUGAGCAGAAGCCCUGUUAGAUCUUCUCGAAGGAGCGUGAGCAGAAGCCCUGUUAGAUCAUCUCGGAGGAGUGUGAGCAGAAGUUCAGGUAGGGUUCCUUCUAGAAAAGGUCCUAGUCGAAGCCCAGUUAGGGCACCUUACAGAAGGAGCCUUCGUAGCCAUUCAAGAAGUCCCGGAAGUACAGGUCGUAGAGAGAGGUCACCAAUAUCUGAUCGUGGUAGGAGCUCUUCCAAGAGUCCUUCUGUGGAUGGAUCUCCUAAACGCAUAAGAAGGGGGAGAGGCUUCAGUGAGCAAUACUCAUUUGUUCGGAGAUAUAGGAGUCGAUCACCUGUGAGAUCAUACCGCUAUGGUCGCAGUGACCGUGAUAGAUAUUCAAGUUACAGAAGGUCACCAAGGCGCUACAGGAGCCCACCAAGAGGAAGAACACCUCCUAGAUACAGGAAUGGGAGAAGCAGGUCUCGUAGUAUAUCACGUAGCCCAAUACGUUACCGUGGCCGCCGUUAUAGCCGGAGUCCUAUUCGUAGUCGCUCUCCCACGGGGAGGUUCCGUGCUUCACCACGUGCUGAGAGACGAAGGUCCCCUAGGAGCAGGAGCAGGAGCAGGAGCAUAUCAAAAUCAAGGUCAUCUAGUGGAUCGCAGACACCUAGGCAGAGAAGCAAGGAGAAGUCAACAUCGCGCUCUAGGAGUCCCCCAGCAAAGGGUGGCUUGGUUUCAUAUGGAAAUGGCUCUCCUGACUCAAGUAGAGAUUAAAACGUAACAGGCGGAUGGCAUAUUCCCAUCUUUGGGUACUUAUUUAUACUAAAGCAUUUCGCAUGCCAGAAUGUUGUUGAACUUGUUAAGUUGGUGUGGUUUAGUAACUUCUGUGCUAGAAUAAUUCAGAUACAUUAAUUAUAUUUGUAGUAAAUUGCAGCAGACUUUGAGGCUCCUAGGCAUGAUGAAAUUAAUGGGUAAAUUGUGGACCUCCUAACUCCUCCUGAGUUGUGUGGUAUUUUUCUAUUCUCUAUUAUUUCUUCAGUUA